AUGAGUUGCUCCUUUUUCUCCGAAGAUUCACAUUGUGGACCUGCACCGGGAAAAGAGGAUAUUACUAUCGUUCCAGUAAAGCCGUGUGCGAAUAAUAUAUUUGACCAUCUGUCCGCACUCGGUGUAAGUGGAAAUACGCAAAGUGGAAAUACGCAAAUUGGCGAAGCUGAAGUCCUUUUUAACCGUGGCGGUUUUAUCGCUCCCAGCCAAAAACAGGUAGACGAUUUGUUUGUGUGCCCACGGCAUAGAUAUCUCUUGACCUAUGGAUGGCCGGGUAGAAAGCGAUUGACAUGUUUUCAUCCUGAUCAUCUGGGAAAGCGCACGAAGCAGAAUAAUGCUCGACGCGACAAACUGGAAAUGUCGAGAAGCAUAUAUUUCUUGGAAAACCAUUCAGUUCCACCUGGAGCAGGUAUGAUAAACAUUAGUACAUGCAUUGAUAGAACACUUCUUGCCGGAGAACAUCAUCAGUGACUUACAGUUAUCAUAACUGAGCUUGGGUAGCCUGUGAUUCUACAGAAAGGAUCUUAUUUUUUUGGUAUCUUGAGUAGAAACCCUAGUUUAUUUCCAUCACGACUGUGUAAAGAGUGAGAAAGGAGUGAAUGUUCCUUAUUUUUCCACCCUAGCAUUUUUUGUGAGAGAAAACAAAAUCAGGACACGUUAUUUAUUUAUCUAUUAAUUUAUUUUGCCUUGGCCUCGUUAGUUAUAUGUAUAAAGUGCAGAAAAAGACACUACCAGAUACGACAAGCAAAGCAACUUGAGACAACUGUAGUGGUAAGUUCAUACUACCCUGAUUAGCAAUUUUACAUUACAGUUAAAUUUGAAAAGCGAAUGACACAUAUAACUAAAACACAUAAAUAAAACGCAUAGUGGUUACCGUGUGGCGCUAAAUUUUUCUCGUGGAUGCUAAAUUUUGCGGGGGUGCUUUGCGGGGACUCGUUUCGAUUUAUUUUCAACACCACAGUUCUCAAGGGGUAUUAGACAACAGCCACAUAGCGCGAAUGUGUUCCGCGUGUAUGACCCACGCUCAGAGGCACGCGUCCUUCACGAAUUGACGCAGAACAAAAUGGCGGAAGACGAGGAGAUCGAUAUUUGCUAUUCGUUUUGUCGACGAAAACGACUGCAGAGAGAUUUCUGCUAAAGCUGUGCCAGGGAAACGGAAAUUAAAAAAGAAUCGCCCUUCCCCUCUUGUAUAGAGCUAACAGUACAGCAAGGAAAUCCUUAACACACUGAAUAUUCUCUCAGGAUCAUUUAUAAUUUACUGUUUGAAGAGAGCAAUUUCUGGUUUGAUAUUUAUUCUUUUAUUAGUCUUUUAUUAUUCAACAAAAAUAACAAUUGGUACAAACGACCGGUUUCAAUAGACCAGCGAAAUUUCUCAUUUCAUUAAAGCACUGAGGUUACGACAACUUAGAGUUAAACUGAUUUCAGGGUUGUCAAAGAGUCCAGCGAUUCCUUUUCCCCAGGUGAGCACCGACUCAUUUUGCGUCAAUAUUCAGGAAUGCUCUCUAUCCCUUUACGCUUUCAUUGCCUUUCGCCCGACAUGUUUUGCACGGCGUUUAGUCAUGCGAAACCUCCACGAAACAUCCACGCUACGCGCGAGGUAACUUUAUCCCGAUUCUAAAAAUAACUCGAGACGAAUUACCUAUGGAAUAGGGUAUGUAUGGGGAUGCCUUCUCUGUCCCCUUUAUCCUCUCUUGUUAACAGCUAUUUCGAGAAAGGUUGUCGGAAAAAAUGUGCACACGAUAAUCCUGAAAGGUAUGGGAUAUUAUCAAUACACUGAUCCUGACACUGUAGCUGUCGAACCUACUUUUGUUGCUUUCCUUUAGCACUCGCAAACAUACGUCCAUGGCCUCUCUCGUGCCAUUCUUUCAAAACUUCUUUAAAGAACAGUUAACUCAAAACCACCCACAACUAUUCGUUUCGGGAUUGUCGCGUGCACUUUUUCCGACAACCUUUCUCGAAAUAACUGUAUACUCUUAGUAAGUUGGCGAAAACAAUUUUGUGUUAAUUGCCAACGAGCAGCCUCGCGAAGGCGCACUGUGAGUACAAUGUAUAAUAAUUAUUUUUAUUAUACAUUGUACUUGCGUUCUGUCGUUUCAUUGUCCAGGUUACUCAGUUAUAUGCCAGCAGAUUACUGGCUACUCUGUAGGUUGGGCGCGCAAUGCAUGAUUUCCAACUAGAUAGCGACGUGUGUUUCUGUACGAUUGCAUGUUUGUCAUUUCUUCAAAGCAAUGUAUAAUAAAAUAGGUAAAACAAUAAUUAGAUUCGGUUUUUGUGAUAUCCGAAAUAAUCAAGGUUUCGGCAAGUGUUAUCAACCUCGCCCUUCGGCUCGGUUGAUUGAUGACACUUUCCUCGACCUUGAUUAUUCCGGAUAUAUCACAAAAACCGAAUCGAAUACAUGUUUAUUAUUUUCUCGUGAUGUUAGGAAAGCCCUCUUGUCAUUCAGGAUCAAGAGCCGUCAGUGUUAAUGACUUCUACUAAUGAGUCCCCCGAGCGACCAAAUAUCAGCUCUACUUCAGUAUAUGAAAGUGAAGUUGACAUUUCAGCCAUGGAUUCAGUGAUUGAAACGGAGGACGAGGCAGAAACAAGCUUGUGGAUUGAUGAAAAAGAAUUGCAACACGAGAAGAGAGAAACGCUAAAAAAUGCCGUUGCAAAGCUUACUGAAGGUCAUUACAGCCCUAUUGCAUCAACACUAAACACUUCAUGGGAUGAUGUGUCAGUUACACAGCAAAAAUAUUACCAGCGCAAAAUGAAGGAGGUUAUUCAAGCAGCAUUAUCUGUUGUUGUUCCUGGGCAAGAAGAGUUCAUGUGGAACUGUUUGCGAGAGGAAAGGGAAAUUGCAGAUGUAAGUGAGGAACCACCAGCGAAAAGAAAACGAAUAGACACUGGCCUUGUACAAACGCUUAUAACUGGCAAACUAAGCGCCAGAUUCUUUCCCUUUUUGUAAAUGACUUAAGCAAAACCGAGCUUCAAGAAAUGAUCCCAGGCCUAUCGAAAUGGCGGAUUGACCAAGCCCGUUGCCAUGCCACUGACGUAGGCGAAGGCCAGCCCAUUCAUGAUAAGCCUAUUUUUCGCACACGCUUAGACCCUGUGAAGACGGAUCAUUUCGUUGACUUCAUAUCAAGACCUUGCUUCUUACAAGAUGUUGCAUACGGCACCCGAAAACUGAAACUAGACAGUGGUGGACACGCUGUAAUACCUGCAGUGAUAAGAACCCUAAUACCAUCAAGGAUUAUUGCACAAUAUCAAGCUUACUGUAGAGAAAUUGGAUUUGAUCCGGCAAGCGAACGCACUCUCUUCAGGAUUUUAGAAGUCUGCUCCGCUUCCAUGCAGAAGUCAUUGCAUGGCCUCGAUUACAUUACCACGGACGGCGUGCCAGCAUUUGAUUCACUUGAAGACAUGGUCAGUACUCUCAAAGCUGCUAAAGCCGUAACUUCCAACUGGGAAAAAGAAGCCAAACAGCAACUCUCAGAUGCAAAGAGAUACCUUAAAGCAAGAGAGAUACCUCAAAGCUGCUAAAGCCGUAACUUCCAACUGGGAAAAAGAAGCAAAACAGCAACUCUCAGAUGCAAAGAGAUACCUUAAAGCCGACUUCAGGUUGCAUGUGAGCAAGGAUGAGAGGUGUGCAGACCAUUGUACAAUGUAUGCACUGAGUGACCCCAAUGAUCCUCCAUUUAAGGGCACAUGUAGUCAUGUUCACGACAUUCGCUGUGACGCCUGUCAUGGUAUUGAAACGGUCAUUAAACAGAUUGGCACUGAAAUAGAGGGUGCAUUCAACGAAGAUGGUGAUUUUUUAACUAAACGAAAGCUUCAGUUUGAGCACGGUAAAGCACAAGAAGCCAUAUGCGCAUGGAAAGCGCAUAGUCUAUGUGCUGUUAACCAAGAUCUUGCCAAACAAGAUGUGUUGAGUGCGCUUGACGGUGGUAGCUGCCUUAUCGUCAUGGACUGGGCCAUGAAAUUUUUACCUCUGUACUACAGAGAACAAAUGAGGGAUUUCUUUGGAAAGAGAGGUAAGAGCUGGCACGUAAGCUGUGUAAUUGAGAAAGAGGACGACAGCUAUUCAGUGCAGUGUUUUUCUCAUUUAUUUGAAGAAUGCAAACAAGACUGGUUUGCUGUCGCAUCCAUCGUGGAGAAUCUUUUAGAGAUUCUUAAGAGAGAGAAGCCAUUCAUGUCAGAAGUGUUUCUUCGCUCAGACAAUGGCGCAUGCUAUCACAACGCAGCCUUGUUGCUUGCUCUUCCAGCCAUUGGUUCAAGAACUGGGAUACGUAUCCGUAGAUACGAUUUUUCAGAACCACAAGCAGGGAAAGACAUAUGUGACAGAAAAAUAGCUCCGAUGAAAGCCCACAUUAGACGAUGUGGCAACUGCUGCAAAAAUGAAGGAAGCUCUUGAGUCUCAUGGAGGUGUCAGAGGGAGUAGAGUAGCUGUUGCCGCUGUUAACUUAGCUAAUGAAACUGGUGGGACAAACAAAAUCAAAGGAAUUAGUAAGCUCAACAAUUUUGAGUUUACAGAAGAGGGAAUUCGCAGUUGGAGUGCAUACCAAAUUGGUCCCGGAAAACUGGUGUCGUGUGAAGGAAUGAAACCACAGGGGAAGACUGGAUUGAAGUUGUUACAACCUUUUGGGGAAAUUCCCUUGGCCCAAGGCAUUUUCAACACGAGGCCCACUUAUAAAGAGCGAUCUGCCAAAAAUCAGGUCUUUUUCUGCGAGACACCAGGCUGCGUGGUAACGUUAGAAAACGAAAACGAAGCACAAAAUCAUAUGGACACUGGAGUUCAUAAGCUUGUUUUGGAACGCGAAACACUUUACGACAGUGUGCGAAGAAAAUGGGCGCAGCAUGUUACCGAAAUAGCUUCCCGGACGACUCUGAGCGUGCCAACUACAUCAACCCGAGCGCUUGGUACAAGCAGUGGAAAUGAAGCUCCCACUUUGCAGGGUUGGGCACUAAAAGGUCAAAAAACUGCUACUAAGACCUCCGAGAACGUUAAAAGUUUUUUGAUUGCAAAAUUCAAGGAGGGCCUCAGUGGCCAGAAGGCAAAUCCGUCAGAAGUCGCAAAGGAGAUGCAGGAAGCUAAGGAUUCGAAUGGUUCACCUGUAUUUUUGCCAGAGGACUGGAAAACUGCACGGCAAAUAAGCAGCUUUUUUUUUACGACUGUCAGCAUUAAAGAAAAGCAGUCAUGUCGCUGCAGUAACAUUACGUGA